AUGAAACCGUUGACCAAUUUUCAGCCUGGAAAGAUAACUCAGGAGAGAAUGAUAGUUGGACGGCUUUUGCGAAAAGCACCUACUAUAUUUUCUGCAGACUACGUUCAUUCGGUCCGAAGCGUUGUCAACGAAACUGUUUACGGUAUGAUUCAUGAACACAUUCGUUUAAACAAAGCGGAAAACGAGGCUGGUGAAGACUCUGCAGGUCAGGGGCGCCGCGAGUUGCCAGAAGAGUCCGAUGACACUUUAAUUUGUUUAGGUACUGUGGAGCCGCUCUUCAAAGAAUGAUAAAGCAGAGGACAGAAACAAGUACGGGGAGAAUUGUCAAAGAAGAGAAAGCCAGUAUUGGAAAAGGAGCUGGAAAUUCUACGUGAACUCGUUAUGAAGGACAAGUCGGAUAUUUCCAAUAGCCUGAAAAAUUUAGACGAAGGAAAUUUGACAUUCCCCAGGGCUGAACUUAUUCCUUUCUUAAGAUCUGUGGACAGAGAAGUUCGCGGAUACGCAACAGACUCAAACCUUACAAAAUAUCCGUCGAAGUUUCUGAAGAUGUGUCAGAAUGCUGUGUUAAAUAAUGAAAACCUUGAAGCGGAUCUCCGCGUAUUUGUUGCAUCUCUUGUCAACUCAGAGUGUGCUACCGAUGUAGAACUUGUGAAUGGUCUUUUUCACGGUGUGCUAUCAAAACUGGCGAACACUCGUAUCAAUGAGUUUAUGAAUGCAAGAAUAGAGAGGGAUCUUAAAGUUCAGGGUAAAGUGGUAGAUGGGCUCCUGCCCCAACCCUAA